AUGAGGGCUUUUGGAGUGUUCUGUUUGUAUGUCUGUUUCUACACUGUACGUGGUGGAGACAGUGAGAAUUUGGAAACAGGCGAAGACGGCGAGCAUAAUACAACUAAAGUGUAUACUGACAAUGACGAUACAGAUGACAGUGAAGAGCAUAUAGGAGCAGCUGUGACUCAAGUGUAUAAACACCCUUACGCCGCGUCUUUACUUAAGAACGACUCGUACGUUUGUAGCGCUGUUGUGCUAAACUCGUAUUGGCUAAUAACUCUCUCCAAAUGUUUUGAUACGAGUGCAAUAUCAUCGCACGUUAACCACAAAUAUCUGAGCAACUACACAAUACGUACUGGCAGUAACUACAACAAUAAGGGCGGAAAUAUCUCUAAGAUAAAAAUGACAAUCAACAAUUUCGAUUUGAAAGUUACCGCAGUGAAAGUAAGUGAGCCGCUAUUGUUUGAUGCUCGAGUGCAAGCUGUCAACUUACCGAGCCCAGACGACGAUGUGUCGCUGGGUUAUCUCACGUCAUUAUUGGCUUGGACACCUACAGGUAAAGACAACGGCGGUGCGGUGAUCCAAAACAACACGCUAAUCGGAAUAUCUGCAUUUCUGCACACUUGCGCCCUCUACACGAAAACCCACGCUUUUCCCAAAGCGGCAAGUUUCGCUCGAUGGCUCGAUAGCAUUAUAUGGGAUGAAGAUAACCGCCCAACGACCACAAGUACAUCUACACCUACACAUACUAUUAAUACGGAAAAAACUACGGAAUUCGUAGACAGAAAUCCGUAUUUCGGCGAUCCCCGAUUUAUGCUAACUCUACCGUUUGACCCUGUUAACGUGCCGCUGGAACCAGCCGAAGAUAACUCAGUUAUACCAAGGAUGAGUCUCUACGAAUCGUACCUACAGAAUAUGGCGAGACUAAAAACGUCCACAACUCUAAAUCCUAAGAUUGAGGAGAGAAAGAAAUGGCUGGAAAAGUUUGGCAAAAUUAUGCUGAUGAAGCAGUACCCGAAGAAGUACGAUUUUGAUUAUAAUUAA